CGGGCCAAUUCUUAAGAGAUGGACACUCGGCGACCCGUCUGCUUUUAUAGGCAGACAAGUAAAAGACCAGUUGAGGAGGUUGAGAGUCCCUGGUCUCGAAACUGCAACGAGGCAAGAUGGCAGCAAUCGUCCUGAAAGAAGAGACUCUGAAGUCGUUGUGCGGGAAAGUGGUCGUGAUAUCUGGAAGCGCAAAAGGAAUUGGCGCAUCGACAGUAUCGCAAUUGCACGCCGCAGGUGCGAAAGUCAUCCACGGAGACUGGGAUGAAGAAGCCUCCAAGCACGACACCCAACUGUCCACCUCUUCCACCAGCGGCGGAGAGACGCAGUUCGUGAAGACGGACGUCACCAACUAUGACUCCGUUAUGAAUCUCUUCGAUACCGCGUGGAAGAAGUACGCUCGCGUUGAUAUCGCCAUCUGCAAUGCGGGUAUUCAGGAAUCCGGGAAUUGGUUCGAUCCCUCACUGGAUCUCGAGAGUAUCAAGACCAAACCAUCCACCAAAACACUUGACGUGAACCUCGUCGGCACCCUGUACUUCUCGCGCAUCGCCGCCGUCUACCUCCACCAGAAUGCUAAACCGCAUGAGGACAAAUCCCUCGUUCUUCUAUCCUCGGUUGCAGGUUUCAUCGAGACGCCAGGUCUGUUCUGCUAUACGUCUUCUAAGCAUGGUGUUCUUGGCCUCCUCCGCUCUCUUCGUCCCUAUAUCCCUAAAACCCAUGGUAUCCGCGUGAACGCGAUAUGUCCCUGGAUGACGGAUACGGGCAUGGUAGAUGGAAUCAGGGAGGGCUGGCUGCAAGAAGGACUGCCGGUUAAUACACCAGGUGAUGUGGGUAGGAUCAUUCUGGAAGUUGGGGGCGAUGGCAAGACCAAUGGGAAGGCGGUUUUUGUGGAGGGCGGACGGGGGUGGGAUAUUGAGGAGGGCAUUCAGAGGACGGAGCCGCAGUGGCUCGGGGAGGAGGUGAGUAAGACUUUGGCAAAGGGACAGGCGGUCUUGGGAGAUGGAACGGACUGGAAGAAAGUAUGAAUUUCAAGCAUUUAGAUUCUGCAGAAUCGUGGAACUUUUCAGUUUCUCUUUUAUUAUUAGAUGGUGUCUAAGAUCUAAUCGUCCGGCCCACUAUCCUUCAGUAGCGCUUUCAAUUGCUUUAACGUAUCAUCGCAGUUAACCUCCAUUCCCCCCAUCACAUCAACACUUCCUUUGUUAUUUACCAAUAACUGGGUCACGAGCCAGUAGUUAUACCCGUUUCGAAAGAA